AUGGCGGCAACUUACAUUAAUGAGCCUCCCAUUGUAGCUUCGUCUUUGUGGGGGAAAAACUUGAAGAAGAGAGCUUUAAAGGGAAUAGAGAAAGGGUGGAGUUUGAGAGGGAGAAAAGAUCCUGUGAGGGAAGGAACUUCAAGGGAGGUGGUGGGGGAUUCCCCAACACGGUUUGCUCCGGCAAACCUCGCACCUAGUUCCAUCGGAUUCAAUGCUUAUCUCGAGGUACAUGUUCAGUAUGCUAGGUUUAUGUUUGGUACUAAUAGGUAUAUGCUCAGAACUACUAGAUACAUGCUCGAUACUGCUAGGUACAUGCUUGGCACGAGCCCUUCCAGGUUCAACUUGGUCCAAUGGCACAGCCUAUGCUCAUCUCAAGAGGGGCAGGACAAGCCAUCCGAUCUGGAGCUUCUCAAUAGGGAAAAAGCCCAUGUUGACUACAUCCAACGUCGGGCGACCAACACCAACACUAGCCUCAACUCUGUUGGUGGUUCUCUUUAUGCACAAGUUCCAGCAAACAUCGAUACUUAUCUUGGUAUAAGCUACUAUAUUGUCAACAUAGGCCUAGGAACCCCUGCCAAGUCCUUCUCACUUAUGCUUGACACCGGUAGUGAUAUUACUUGGAUCCAAUGUAUCCCUUGUGUUCACUGCUACACCCAAAAAAACCCAUUUUAUAACCCUACCCAGUCCUCCACCUUCACCAACAUCCCAUGCAACACAAACUAUUGUACCCAACUCAAACGAUUUGGUUGCUCCUCUAACUCCACCUGUCUCUAUGAGACAAGAUAUGCUGACUUUAGUAGUAGUAAUGGCUCUUUCAUUCAAGACACCUUGACAUUCUCCUCUGAUACUAUACACAACUUUCGCUUUGGCUGUGGACAUAAUAACACUGGAUAUUUUGGACAAGCAGAUGGGUUAUUAGGCCUCGGUCGGGGGGUUGUUUCAAUUAUUUCUCAAACAACUCAAUUAUAUAAUAAUAUAUUCUCAUAUUGUCUACCAUCAGGGACCAAUCGAAAUGGAUAUCUCGAAUUAGGUAGAUAUGUCCCUGGUGUGAAGUAUACACCGAUGCUAACCUUCCCAAACAUGCCAUCCUUCUACUUCCUCAAGCUCAUUGCCAUUUCUAUUGGGAAUGCAAGGAUCAACCUUUUACCUGCUAGAACUAUGUUGGACUCUGGCACAACAUUUACCUACCUUCCACCCUCUGCCUACUCUAUCCUCCGUAGUAUUUUUCGAACAAAAAUGAAUAAAUACUCGAUGGCGCCACCGCUAUACAACCUCGACACUUGCUAUGACCUCACUGGUCACUCAGUGGUGGACGUUCCAGAGAUUGGGUUGAUAUAUGAUGGCGAAGUUACAGCUUUCUUAGAUGCCUCGGGGAUACUUUACAUGACAAAUUUAUCUCAAGCAUGCUUUACCUUCGCUGCAAAUGAUGAUGAGAAUGAGGUUACGAUCAUUGGUAAUGUGCAACAACGCAGGUUCAAGAUAGUCUAUGAUAUGUGGAACUUAAAAAUUGGCUUUGGGAGUAAUGGUUGUAGCUAG